AUGCCAUCAACGCUCUCAAAUAUAGCUCACGUUUUCGGAUGGUUUUAAUUUUUCACUGCCAUCUGGUCUACAAUAACUCUUUCCCUCUUAAUCGAAAAAAGGUCACCAGAAGCUUUUGGAGGUUAUAAGAACUUUCUGAGAAUAUAUUGUUUCUAUGCUUUGGGAUUUUCCAUUGUAGAUUGGCUAGCUCAACCCGGAGUUCUCAUCGAUAUUUAUGGUUUCGGAUAUAUAUUUUACGCAGAAAACCGGCUUCUAGAUUUAGGCUACACUGGUGGACUACUUUUACAAAUUCUCUAUUGUGGAUGCUUCAUUGCAAGUUCCUCGUUUCUAUCACUAAAUUUUAUCUAUCGUUAUGUAUCAUCUUGCAAAACCUAUUACCUGGUAUAUUUCCGAGGAUGGAGAGUGUUUCUUAUGUUUUUAUAUUGUUUUGUUCCCUUCGCUAUUUGGUCUUGGCUAGUAUACACAGUGAUGUCUCCAACUCCUGAGAAAACUGUUCACUUGAACCAGACGACAAUGCUUUUUGAAAACUUCAAUCUGCACGGAAAACCAUACAUCGCAGUUAUAAACCGGCAAGUUUCAAACAGCAGCGAUCACAAGUUUGGGGAUAUCGAAUGGAAUGAUGUUAGCUCUUUAAUGGGACUCUUUGCUUUUCAAGGAUUCUUCUACACUGUAUCUCUAAUUUGUGGAAUUCUGACUUAUCGUGAAACUAUGACAUUGCUCAAACUAGCACAAAUGUCCAAGGAGCUCUACAAAAUGCAAAUGCAACUUCUCAGAGCCAUCGUUAUCCAGGCAUCAGUUCCACUGGUUCUUGUAUAUAUCAUUCCAGCAAUCAUGAUAAUCGGGGGAAUGGCUGGAUUAUAUGUUGGCCAAAUUGGUUAUUAUGCGGCAAUGAGUAUAUCUAUGUACCCUCCAUUAGAUGCAUUGGUGUUUUUGUUAUCGAUUAGAUGCUACAGAUCUUAUUUGUUCUGUGAGAGUGAAACAUCUAAGACUUCCACUGGUAGUUCUGUAAUUGCACAGGCCACUGCAAGUGUUUCGGCAAUCGAAAAUGCACCGGCAUAG